UUCAAGGCACGAAAGCUGCUGUUGGUUGCUGCUGUGUCUUGUUUGACGACGAGUGGUGCAGUGGCAGCGGACGACAGGAGGAAAUGAGCUUUACAUCGCGCCGUGUGCGGCGAUUGCAUGUUGGUGAAGCAAUUCACCGCAUGCAGGAGUUGCUCAAGCGCAGUCCCACAGCUCUUCCCUUUACAGACGUGUUGCAACAACUUGAGCUGACCGAGUACCCAGAACAACAGAUUGAGAAGCUCAAGCACGAAAUCAACGAGCGAGACUCAAAGCUGCACUUGGAGGAUGGGUAUGUUGCAUUUCAACCGACAUAUGACGUCAAGAACAAGCAAGAGCUGUUGGACAAGCUGAAAGAGUUUGAUCAGAAGGGCCUCGGCGGCAUGCGUGUUGACGAGCUUGACGGGUCAUACGAUGGAGUGUUGUUGGAUGUGGACGAGCUCAAGGCAAAGGAUUUGGUGUACUGCAUCCACAACAAGACGGAUCGUGUAGAUGUGCUUUUCUUCAAGGACCCGGCACUGCGGGUACACAUUGACAAGGCAAUUGUGAAGCGAUGGCGCAUGGAGAGUGUUCAGGGCAAGACAGACAAGGAACUCAAGCAAUAUCUAAUCAAUGCCCAAAUGAAGCCCCUACAAGUCGAGAAGAUACCAAAGAAGCCCGUGGCGAAGGACGGGAAGAAGAAGCGGAGACGACGGCGCGACGCAAAGCGGUCGCAGCGCGUGCUUGCGGGCGUGCACCAGUUCAUCAACGCACCAAAGCCUGUCUCUUCACCGCCGCCAUCAUCGUCGUCUGCAGCGUCAGCGUCCUCGGCACAAGCAGCAAAGGCCAGCAAGUAGUGAUCGCUGCACCGUCAACCACACACACACACACACACACACACACACACACACACUCCC